AUGCCUCUUACUACAGCAGCGCCCAACCCUGGAGUCAACUUUAUCGGCGAGAAGACUGUCACAGCGGAUGAGGUAAACGGUUUCCGACUCUCUCAAGACGACAUCGAUGCUGCUCGCAAUGUCAGGCCUUCCGCAAUCCGGGGCAAGUGGCUGACUUGGAUGGUCACUUUUGUCGCCGGUACUGGUUUCACCCUUUUUGGUUACGACCAAGGUGUCAUGUCCGGUCUUUUGACGCUCGAGUCAUUCGAGAACCAAUUUCCAGAAACCGCCGGUGGUUUCGAAGGUUCCACAACCGCCACCCUCCAGUCUCUUCUUGUUGCUAUCUACGAAAUCGGUUGUAUGGUCGGUGCUCUGUCAAACAUCUGGGUUGGUGAUCGUCUAGGUCGUCGGCACACUAUCGCCUUGGGCGGUUUCAUCAUGCUCAUCGGCUCCAUCCUUCAAACCGCCGCUGUCAACUACGCCAUGAUGCUCGUCGCUCGUGUCAUCACCGGUCUUGGCAAUGGUCUCCUCACCUCUACCGUCCCUGCUUAUCAGUCGGAAUGUUCAAAGGCGCAUCGCCGAGGGCAGCUUGUGCUCGCAGAAGGGUCAUUGGUUACGUUCGGUAUCAUGAUUUCCUACUGGGUCGAUCUCGGAUUCUUCUACACCACUGGAAGUAUCUCUUGGCGUUUCCCUAUCGCUUUGCAAUUGGUAUUCAUCAUCGUCAUGAUCGUCUGCAUGUACUGUUUCCGUCUCCCCGAAUCCCCCAGAUGGCUCGCUGCCAAAGGAAAAUACCCCGAAGCCCUCGCCGUCCUCGCCGCCCUCGACAACACCUCCGUCGACGACCCCGCUGUCAUUACCAUCUUCCACGGUAUCACCGAUGCUAUCGCCGCUGAACAAGUCGGAGAAUUCAGCUUCAAGGAGAUCUUUUCUGGGGGCAAGACGCAGAACUUCAGGAGGACGAUGUUGGGUGUUGUGGCUCAGUGUUAUCAGCAGAUCUGUGGUAUCAACUUGAUUACCUAUUAUCUCACUUCUGUCCUUUCCGGUCUUGGGCUGUCUGAUGAGAUGUCUCGAGUCAUUUCUGGUGUCAACGGUACAUGCUACUUCCUCACGUCUCUCAUCGCUAUUGCCAUUAUCGAGCGCGCCGGUCGUCGAUCCCUCAUGCUUUGGAUGGCACUCGCCCAAUGCGCCACCAUGGCCGUCCUCGCCGGUAUCUACAACAAAGCCCAAGACCAGAACAAGGCCGCCCAAGUCGUCUCCGUUCUCAUGCUCUUCCUCUUCAAUACAUGGUUCUCCAUCGGUUUCCUCGGUAUCACCUGGCUCUACCCCGCCGAAGUCACCCCUCUCCGCAUCCGUGCGCCCGCCAACGCGCUGUCGACGGCGAGUAACUGGAUCUUCAACUUUAUGGUGGUGAUGGCGACGGGACCGAUGUUUGCGAAUAUUGGACUGGGGACGUAUGCGUUCUUUGCGGCUAUGAACGGGGUUGUCGUGUUCCCUGGAUUGUACUUCUUCUUCCCUGAGACCAAGAGAUACUCCCUCGAAGACCUCGAUAUCAUCUUUGCCAAAGCCUACGUCGAAGGCCUCGACCCCGUCAAAGUCUCCCUCCACCCCGAGACUGUGCCCAAGGCCGGUUCUCGCGAAGCUGAGGAGAUUUUGGGCAGGAAUGUGGAUGGGAGGGUGAAGAGCCGGAAGGGCCACAAGGGCGGGCAGGAGCAGGAGCACUUUGAGGUUGGGAAUGGGGAGAAGGACAGGCCUUCGCAUCACGAGAAUGUUUAA